AUGGAACUCGACGACCAAUAUGAGCGCACACUUUAUGUCUGCAAUUUUGAUGAAAAAGUUGAUGAUAAACUUUUGGAGGAAAUUUUUGUUCAGGCGGGUCCAAUUGAAUCCGUUACUAUUCGGGAAAAAGUUGAGAAAACUUCCUCAGCAGGAAAAAGCCCAGAAAGAUUUCGUUUUGCUUUCGUUGAAUUUACUCAUGUAGAAUCUGUUCUUUUUGCCUGCAAAAUAAUGGAUGCAAUUGAAUUGUAUGGAAGAAAAUUGAAAGUUACGCCGAGGGAUAGUACUAAACAGGUUUGUUCUUUCACUAACAGGGACCUUUUCUAUUGGACCAGAAAGGUUAUGACUAUGUAA